AAGUAUAUUGUCUCCCACACUUUUUUCUAUCAAAAUAAAUACGAUACCGACGUGCCUUAAACGCGGGGUCGACGGCUCUCUUUAUGUUGAUGACUUUCAGAUGUGUUACGGAUCGACAAGCAUGCAGACAAUCGAACGUCAGUUGCAGCUUUGCUUGAAUUCUAUUCAACGAUGGGCAACUGACAAUGGAUUUCGAUUUUCGAAAUCCAAGACUGUGUGCAUGCACUUCUGUCAAAGAAGAGGUUUACAUCCUGAAGAAUGGCGUCCUUAACAACAAAAAAACUUCGGUUGAAUCAAGCCAUAAACUAUGUCAUAAAUUCCGAUUCCGAUGACGUCAGUUUGGAUUCGGGCAGUGAAUACGUUAUAAGCGGGGAUUCUUCUGACGUAUAUCUAAGUAGAGACGGAAGAUUUAUCUGCAGAAAAUUCUACGUCUGCUACUGCUUUUGACAAUGACAGUUUUGUACAGCACCCACAACAUCAUGUAGGCCCAGAAAAUAAUGACCGUGACGAAUGUUGGGAUGAAGGCGAAUGGCUUUGUGUCACCAGAGAAGACGACCCUUCUUUCCCACAGACCGAACAGUACAAAGGACAUCAAGGAACGAAGUUGCCAGUAAUGUUGAGGAGAAAUCCUAUUGAUUUUUUUAAUCUAAUAUGGUCAGACGAAGCUGUUCAAAAAAUAUCCAAGAAUACAGAUUUGAUCACAAGAAGUAAAAUUGAACAGAACCAGGAAAAUCUCAAGCCACAUUCUAGACUUAGAAAAUGGAGUUCUCCUUCUAAAGCUGAUAUCAGACGCCUGAUGGGAAUAGUAAUCAGUAUGGGUGUAAUAAGGCUUCCUAGUAUUACAGACUACUGGUCGUCCAAUAAUGUUUUAUGUAUACCGUUCUUUCGUGAAGUUAUUAGUCGAGAUAAAUUUUGGAAUCUUCAUGUUGCUGACCCUUUACCAGAUAAUGUUUCUUAUCCGUCAAAAUCAUACAAAAUACAAUGGCUCCUAGAUCAUGUCAACAUGCGUUCACAGGAACUUUAUGAAAUGGGACAAAAUAUUGCUGUGGAUGAGACAAUGGUAAAAUUCAAAGGACGGAUUGGAUUUAGACAGUACAAUCCAAAGAAACCAACAAAAUGGGGUAUGAAAUUAUUCACAUUGGCUGACAGCAAUACAAGUUAUAUGUGGCAGCAAAACUUAUACGUUGGUGCCGAUGGUCGGGAAACUGAACUUAGUAAAUGUGCUCAACAUGUACUGGAUUUAGUAGAACCUUUGUCGAACUUAAGCCAUACAGUCUAUGCAGACAGAUAUUUUUGGACGUUGGGAUUAGCUCAACGGCUUAUAGACUCUGGUUUUAAUAUUAAUGGUACGGUUAUGCCAAAUAGAAAAGGCUUUCCUCAAAGAUUGAAAUCCGCAAAACAUAUGAAGCCAGGUGAAAUUAUUGCCUUUCGUAAAGAUGAUAUUUUGAUGUUACAAUGGAAAGACAACCGAGUUGUUACAAUGAUUACCAAUAACUGCCGAUCUGAUGAAUGGUGCACUAUAAAACCUAAAAAUCCAAAUCAUGACACUAGAAAUAAACCCAAGUGUAUAGCAGAUUACAACAAGCACAUGAAUGGGGUUGAUGUCAAUGACCAAUUAUGUACAUAUUAUCUCUAAAGUGGUGGAGAAAAAUAUUUUUUCAUCUUCUUGAAGUCUCGAUUGUUAACGCUUAUAUAUUGUACAAAUCUGAUAAACUUGAAAGAGGUGAAUCAGAUAUUAUGUCAACAAAAGAUUUCCGCAUUUCUUUGGUCAAUAGCCUUGGUGUUCCAAUAAAUAAAAAUGUUCGUGUUGUAAAUGAUUUACAGAGACUUGAUGGCAACCCACAUUUUUGUGCCAAAGCUACAAAACCAGCCGAGUGUAAAGUUUGCAGUGAUAGGACGUUAGGUAAGGAAUAUCGGAAUGAAACAUCAUAUAUUUGUGGCACCUGCUGUGAUAAACCGGCCAUACAUCCUGAGUGCAUGGAGAGAUACCAUUCUGUUGAACAAUAUGAGCAACCAAGAAGAAAAUCUGCGUCAAAGUUCAAGGUCUUCUCUGGUGGUAAGCUGACAUAGGAAAAAUGGACUUGCUUAGCCUCAGUGCUAUUGCUAAAUUUGUAUUUUGACGAUGAUCAGGGAGACGUAUUCAUCACAUAUUGUUUGUUUAUUGUUAAAUUUGUGAUAGUACUUAAUUGUACAGGCUUGUUUAGUCAAUCUAAAAUUUUACAUUGAAAUACAGGUUUUGAAAGUAACCAUUCCUAGUUAACUAUUUUUUAAUCAGACUAUCCAUUUGACCACAAUUAAUCAACCAGUCUACAUUUGUUCAAAUUGGUUACCAUGGUAACCCCAAUUUAUUAAUUUUAUGUUGUAAAUUAUUGCUUUACUAAAUAUCUAAUUUCUUGAUAAGGCAUAAAAUAUCUGUGUUACUGAUAUAUUAGUGUUCACUUAUAUGAGUAUGGUACCGCAAAAAUGUUGUUUCAGUGCUUUUUCA